AUGCCUUCUACAGAUCGGCCUCAAUCGUCCCACAAAUCUUCGUCACACGACGAUGCUCAAAUUCAUAACCUUGCCGUAAUUGCUCGUAUUAUGAAGGAUGCCUUGCCAGACAAUGCAAAGAUCACAAAGGAUGCAAAAGAGUUUAUACAGGCUUGCGUCAGCGAGUUUAUCUCUUUUAUCACAAGCGAAGGUAUGUCUCAUUACGAAAGUGUGUAUUUUGCUAACAAUCUUAUUAUAGCAGCUGAGAGUUGUCCCAACAGCGGGCGCAAGGCGAUCACUGGUGAGGACAUUGUGUCCGCCCUUGACUCAGUAGGUUUCGAGAACUACGCAAAAGCCUUGAAGAUUUAUUCAUCCAAGUAUCAAGAAGUAAUUUAUUAUUCGACAUUACCGUCAAUAGCAAAUCAGAACUGACUAAUGCAAAUAGAAACAAAUGAUUGAAGGUGAAAACCAAUCCAGCAGCCAAGGCUAUGAAGCCGCUAGCGUAUCAGACGGGGCGGCAAAUAUAACCUCAUCAAACACCCUCCCCGGCAGCGCUGAAGGAAACAACAACGAUUUAGGCAGCUAG